GUGUGGUGUCAGCAGCAGGCGACGCUCAGUGACGCAGAAUUCAGGAGCCGGAAGUGGGAAAUUGUAGUCGUAAUGAACUGGCGAGUGUGACAUGACAAUUCAAAUACCUGUCUGAAAAACCAUCGACAAGCCUCGAAGAAAACCAGCUGCGUCUGCGUCGUGUAGACGUGAAACGGGCCGAAACCCUGAACAGCAUCCUUGCUUGUAAACAGAUCUUUGAAGAAGAAGAAGAAGAAGUGUCCUUCACUGACAGAAAAGAUGCAUGGACGAUUGAAGGUUAAAUCCACAGCCCAGCAGGAGGAGCAGAAAAGACAGGAGCGAGAGAAGAAGCUGAAGAUAUUUGUGGCUGUACGAGAUGCCUGUUUUUCCAAGAGGAAGGAGGGUAUUUGGGACGAUGAGGCUCUCAAACUGACCCAGCAAGUGUUAUCAUCCAAUCCUGACUUUGCGACCCUCUGGAACUACAGAAAGGAGAUCCUAAUGCACCAGGAAACUGUGAAGGAAAAAGAUGAAGUGCAAACGAUUUACGGGGCAGAGCUGUCCUUUUUAGAGUCUUGCCUGCAGACAAAUCCAAAGUCAUAUGGCUCCUGGUACCACAGAGGUUGGGUCUCUUCCCGCAUGCCUAAACCGGAUUGGGCAAGAGAGCUAACUCUUUGUGAUCGUUGCCUCAGCCUGGACGAACGCAACUUCCAUUGCUGGGAUUAUCGCAGAAUGGUUGUGAAGAUGUCUGGUGUGUCCGUGGAUCAGGAGUUGGCGUUCACCGAUCGUCUCAUCGGCUCCAACUUUUCCAACUACUCCAGCUGGCACUACCGCAGCACCUUGCUGCCGCUUCUCCACCCAGAGUCUCCUGAGCCCCCGUCGCCGUGCCUCAAGCCUGCACAGACCUCCCCUCCACCUUCUCCGCAAACCCACUCCCAUCGCGUCUGUGAAGAGCAGCUGCUCAAAGAAUAUGAGCUCGUACAGAACGCUUUUUUCACCGACCCAAACGACCAGAGUGCUUGGUUCUACUAUCGGUGGUUGCUAGGUAGAGCGGAACGUGAAGAUAUGAUAAGCUGUGUUUAUGUCAGUCGGGAUGAGGAGAGAGUAGCUGUUGCCUUCUCCAGGCCUGUUAAUGCGCAGUCGGUCGGCCUGCUGCUGGUCCUUGACGGUCAGCCCCAGAGGGUGGAGUGGAGGAGUGUGCACCCACGCUUUAAACACAGCCCUCUCUGGAUUUGUGAUCUCCCUCCUGGAACAAUCAGCGACAUCAGUUAUGAACACAAUCUGACUGUGCACUGGACUGAAAAACACAUUCACAGAGACUGUGCUCUUUACACAGGUCGAACUGAGAGCUACUGUCGGGACUCUGCUUUGGAUCAGGAACUCUUCAGGAGCGAACUCUCUGUGGAGAAGACCUCGGUGUUACAGUCAGAGCUACAAUCAUGCAAUCAGCUACAAGAACUGGAACCACUCAAUAAGUGGUGCUCACUGACCAUUAUACUCCUGAUGAGGGCGCUAGACCCUCUGGGAUAUGAGAAAGAGAUGCUUGCUCACUUCCAGACACUCAGAGAAGUGGAUUCCAUGCGCUCUGCAUAUUACAGUGACCUGUGCAGCAAGUUCAUGAUAGAAAACACCAUCCUGAAAAUGGAGUAUGCCGAAGUACGCGUCUUCAGCAUUUCUGACAAGAACCUGACCACGUUAUGCCACCUUGACCAGCUGUUAUUGGUCACCCACAUUAAUCUGUCCUCCAAUCAGCUGCAGCGACUGCCUCCUCAGUUUGCUAUGUUGCAGUGCCUCGAGGUAUUGGAGGCUGAUAACAACUCCAUAGAAAAUCUGGAGGGACUGUAUCACCUUCCUAAACUGGAGGAAGUCCUCUUGAAGAACAACAAAAUCUCCACACUCGCAGAUCUUCAGCCCCUGGCCUCCUGCCCCAAGCUGAAGCGCCUCGAUCUCCGUGGCAACCCCGUCACUCAGAUUGCCAACGUCGAGUCAGAGUUGGCCGAGCUGCUGCCCGCAGUCAAAGACCUGCUGCUCUGAUCAGACAGAGAGCAGGUAUCACUGCCACCGAUCGUCGUGUCUUUUAACGGUCCUUCACUUUCUCAAGUGUGUUUGUUUGUGAGAGAGCAAGUGGCCGUUGUUUUUUUCUCCCCUAAGUGUUUGUUCCUGUUAUUUGGGAGAACGUCAAUCACGGUGACCCUGGAGAGUCUGAAAGCCUCAGCAAACCUCCAACACCUUCGAUGAACUGUCUAGAUGUGUGUGUCAGUGCUUAUCGCCAAUGUUGCUUUUCUUCUAUUGUGUGUGCCUACGUAUGUCCUUAACUUAAACUCAGCAACACAUCCAGAUGCAUGCAGAAACACUGAAAAUGGAGUAAAUCGACCGAAUAUGGAUUGGCUUGCAGCAAUGCAGACUUAUUGCCUUGAUAAGCUUUGAAACUGUUGAAUUGAGAAAAAAAAAAAGCUUAUAACUGAUCAUCAGAGCGCCACAUUGUUCUCAUGCACAUUUUUUUUAAAGGUCGUGUAAAGCAUUAACUAUAUGAUAAUAUACUGUUGCACAGUAUGUCACAGAUCCAGUAAUAAAACAGCACACAUUGUGUCACUGCCUUCCAACUUCCAA